GCCGUCUGAUGUGUGGGGGGGAACUGUCAGUGUGUUUGCGUGGACUUAAACAAAGUGAAGACUCCACAGACAGAGACACGCUGCCUGUGUCUGCGUCUCACCUUUUGAUUCCCCCUGAAACAGUCACGAUGAGGCUAAUAUCCAGCAGAGCAAGAGGAGCUUCAUUCAGCUGCUUGACCCUGGUUUUUCUCUUGUUGCUGCAUUGCCAUCACAUACCCGGUAUUGUUGGCCAGAAGUCUGACUCUGCUCUAACUGUGGUGGAGAACGCAGAGGGAGGAGGAGAAGGAGAAGGUGGUGAUGAAGAGAAGGAGGAGAUGGGAAAUUUAGAGGUGCUCCAGCCUACUGAGCAGUGGCAAACACUCAAACCAGGCCAGGCAGUGCCGGCUGGUUCCCAUGUGAGGCUGAAUCUGCAGACAGGUCAGAGGGAGGUCAGACUGGGAGAAGAGCAGCUAAAAUACUGGACACAGGAGCACAGGGAGGGAGAAGAGACUCAGUCCUCCUUCAGUCCUGAUGAACUGAAAAAGGCCAUGAAGAAGAUAAAGGAGGACCUGAACCCAGAGUCUGUGGCUUCUGAGUAUCGCCCCCUAGAGGAGUUAAAGAGGGACAUGGCUCAGUUGGACCUGCUGGUGGAGACAGAUGUUCAGAUUAUGAGGCGUCUGCUGGACCAGUUCAACAGCAGCAACACGACUACAGAGCAGAGACUGAGCAUCCUGUUGGAGCUGGAGUAUCUGGUGCAUCAGGUGGAUAAUGCUCAGACUCUGUGCUCGAUGGGGGGUCUCCAGUUCAUUCUAGGAGGUCUGAACAGCUCCGACUUCAGAUUACAGGAAAGCUCCGCCUUUGUCCUGGGAUCAGCUUUGGCCAGUAACCCAGUGGUUCAGGUGAAAGCUGUGGAGAGUGGAGCCCUGCAGACAUUGUUAACCAUCCUGGCCACUGCACAGCCACUAAGCGUCAAAAAGAAGGUGCUGUUUGCAGUGGCCUCCCUCCUACGUCACUUCCCCUAUGCACAGCAUAACUUCCUGUCACAUGGGGGACUACAGGUCCUGUCAGAGUUGUUCAGGGCAGAUGGAGGCGGAGUUCUGCGAACACGCAUUGUCACCAUGUUAUAUGAUAUGAUCAGUGAGAAGGAGCUGAUCUCUCAGGCAGGUCUGGACCCUGUCCUGGAUGCCUCCCAUGAGGAGCGUGUGCAGCAGUAUUCUAAGGUGUCCCUGGAGGAGGAGCUGCUGGAGAAGGGCUGGUGCAAUAUGGUCCCACAGCUGCUGGAGUCCACUGAGCAUGACUACAGAGAGAAGGCUCUGCGGGCUCUGUUGGCCAUGGCUCCGACGUGUGUGGAUCAGUAUCGCUCAGACGGCUCUCUGCUGGGCUUUCUGCUCUCUCUCCGAGACCAGUACCAGGAAAUGGUCCAGUCAGAAAUGAUUCUAGGAGAGGAGAACAGCUACUUUUCAGAGAUUGUAGAACUUAUAGAUGCACUGCAAGUCAAAAUGAAAUGAGCAGAGGUCUGUACAGAGUGACAUUUUAUAUGGCCACACAAUGCAGACUAAUAGACUCUGGAAACCAAACAACCAGUCUGCAAGUGCAUGACUAACUACAGAAAGACAAACUCUUCAAGACAAGAGUCAACUGCGUGUCAAAGUUCUAUACAAAGGAAACUGGACUUGCUUGAGGUUGUUGAAGACUUUUCACCCAACUGUGUGCAAGGACGAGGGGUACUCCUAUGAGGACACAAAUGCUGGGCUCACCGUGUAGGUGAUGGAUCCAUUGGUUGGUUAGUGUAAAUUUGACAAGCCAAGCUUGUUAAUUCCACGGCUGCUGUUCCUGCUCUGAAAAAGCUGCUGUAUUAUAGUGUUUUUUUUUUGUUUUUUUUUUGAUAAUUUAAAAACGAAUUCAUAUGUGAAGAAUAUGUUGUUGUCUUUUUUGGAAUAAAUGCUCUGUGAGUAUUGGGAUCCCCUGUACGGUUACCUUUAAAUGAAAUAAUUCAGUGUUAAAAGGAAUGAAACUAUAGUCCUACUGACACAGGGCCAUCUGAGAAACAUCUACUAUUUAUAUCUGGUGUGUAGUCCUGCUUUUGGAUUGUGAUGACGUAACUGCGGGUUAAGAUGAUGCAGUGUUUUUAUUAAAAUCAGUGCCCAUUUCCUUCA